AAGAAUGGAUUUAUGGAAGAGGCAGCGAAAACCUUUGAUAAAAUGGGGGAGAAUGGCCUUAAACCAAAUAUAGUUACGUGGACCACUUUGAUUUCAGGCUAUGUGCACAAUGGGUACUGGAAUGAAGCUUUGAAGCUCUUUCGAGAACUUCUAAAGGAGGAUCUACGACCUAAUUUUGUCACCAUAUCCAGUGUACUUCCUGCUUGUUCAGAAUUGGCUGCUUUAUUCCAUGGUAAAUCCAUUCAUGCCCAUAUAAUUAGAAACAUAUUCGGGUAUUCAUAUACAUUUAUAGCCAAUGCUCUUAUGGACAUGUACAUAAAAUGUGGACUGAUGAAGUAUGGGGAACAGAUUUUUGCAAGAAUCUUGAAGAAGGAUGUGGUCUCAUGGAACACAAUGAUCCAUGGAUAUGCCAUCCAUGGAAGAGGCAAGGAUGCUUUGGAUUGCUUUCACGAAAUGCAGGUGCAAGGGAUUGAACCCGACGGUGUAACCUUCAUUGCUGUUCUUUCAGCCUGUACCCACACAGGUUUGGUCGAAGAAGGAUGGAGAUAUUUCAAUCAAAUGAGCCUAGACUACGGAAUCAUGCCUACUGGUAAGCACUAUGCAUGUAUGGUUGAUCUUUUAGGACGAGCUGGUCUUUUUGAUGAGGUUGAGGGUAUCAUAGCUCAGAUGCCUUUAGAACCAACAGCAAGCCUUUGGGGAGCUCUACUUGCUUCUUGUAUGAACCAUGGCAAUGUGGAGAUGGCAGAAUAUGCUGCUAAAAACCUUAUAGAAUUGCAGCCACAGAACCCUGGGAACUAUGUGCUCCUAUCGAAUAUAUAUGCAUCAGCAGGUCGAUGGAAAGACGUGAAUACGGUUAGAGAGAGCAUGGCCAAUAGAGAGAUAAAGAAAUGGCCGGGAUGCAGUUGGGUUGAGAUAAAGAAUGAGGUUCAUGCUUUCACUUCAUCAGGAAGGGAGCACCCUGAUAUUGAAAAGAUAAUUGGAAUGUUGAAAACCUUUACUGCUUGUAUGGAGGUCGAAGGGUAUGUAGCUGAGAGACUUUCUCUCUUACAUGAUGUUGAGGAUGAAGAGUAGGGAAAUGCUUUGAAAUGGCAUACGAGAAGCAUUUCUCUCACAUGAUUUUCAGGAUGAACAGUAGGUGAAUGUUUGCAAGGAUAAUGGCAUAUGAACUGUAAAAAUUUCAUGUGAUCAUUUGGCCAUAAAAUCACAGCAUGGCAAAAUUCAUUUGAGAGCCUUUUACUUGUAUCAUUCAUCCAAUUAUUCUUUGGGCUGGAAAUUGGGCUGUUUCAAUCGAUGUUACAAUCAAUAAAUAAAAUGGUAAGCCUAGUAUGAGAGCAUGUUGAGACAAUAAAAUUUUUUAGUAUUAUAAAUGUAAACAGAAAGGAAAUUAUU